AUGCCCCAAAGAAAAGGCUUGGAGAAUCACACUGAUGGAUCUGGAUUCAUUCUUCUGGGAUUUUCUGACCACCCCAGCCUGCAGGGCUUGUGCUUCACAGUAUUCCUGGUCAUCUACCUGGUGAUCCUCACAGGGAACAGCCUGAGUGCCCUCAUCACAGUGGUGGACUCCAGCCUCCACAGCCCCAUGUACUUCUUCCUGAGGAACCUGUCCAUCCUGGAGAUCUGCUACACGUCUGUCACUCUGCCAAAAAUGCUGGUGAGUUUACUGAUGGAAGAUGGCAGGAUCUCUUUCCUUGGCUGUGCUGCCCAGCUGUAUUUCCUGGUUUUGCUGGGCAGUACUGAAUGCCUUCUCCUGGCUGCCAUGGCCUAUGAUCGCUAUGUAGCCAUCUGUGACCCCCUGCACUACACUCUCAUCAUGAACGGGGGGCUCUGUGUCAGACUGGUAGUGGGAUCAUGGAUGGUUGUCGCACCAGUGCAGGUAGGACAGACCUACCAGGUGUUCACUUUGCCCUUCUGUGACCUUCACCACUUCUUCUGUGAUGUGCCCCCUCU